GACUGUAUACUUUUCUAACUAUGACUCCAUCACUAAAUAUAUUUAUCUAUAGAGUAGUGUAUAUACGUAUUUUCCUAUAAUAUUAUAAAGAUGUUGAUUUAACUCCACAAAGAUUGGCUUGGAAGUGGGAAUGUACAUAAGAGAGGGACAAACAUUGGUUGCUUAAGUCGUGGAACAUUCUCGUUCCAUAAUUCCAAUUUGACCCAAAAAGAAACUACAAAAGAUUUUUUAGUCUUCUAGGAAGCUACCCCAUCUUCACCCACUAAUUGCAAAAUUUAUUGGCACGCCAAGGAUCAGUCUGCAACUUGAGAGAGCAGGAUGGGAAGAGAUAGGAAAAGAAGAAGCUAUUUGGUAAUGGUUGUCCUGUUUUUGCUUUGGUUUGUCCAACUAGUCCAGCUGUCCCUUGAAAGAGAUACACUACACCCCGGCGAUGAGUUGACUGGGUACCAAUUCUUGGAGUCUCCGAACAAGCUGUUCCGGUUAAAAUUUUUUAAUCUUGAAUAUUCCGGUGGCAGCAACCGCUACUUGGGGAUUCAAUACAUGAUGUACAGGUCCGGAGACAUGAAGAUGGUUUGGGUGGCCAACCGAGACAAUCCCUUGACCAAUACCAUCAACAGCCAUUGGAUUCUCUAUAUCGGUGCACGUGGAAACCUGGUACUUAGAAACGGUGAUUCAACUCCUAUUCUCAUAAAUCCUGGAAGCCAAGCAACGAGUUCUAACACAAGCGCCACACUUCUUGACACCGGGAAUUUGGUUUUGAAAGCAGGUGAAGACAUUGUGUGGCAGAGUUUUGACCAUCCCACUGAUACAUUUCUUCCAGGUAUGAAGUUAGGAUUGUUAGACGUGGGGCAAAAGCUGCAGCCGCGUAACCAUUCCCUCACUUCAUGGCUAAGCCCGGAAUUUCCGGCAUUAGGGGAAUUCACUCUUGGACUUGAUCCAAACGAUACAAAUCAACUUGUGAUUUGGAGAAAGCACAAUCUGUACUGGCGCAGUGGGAAGUGGAAUGGUCAAAACUUCAGCUAUUUCCCUGCUAUUUUUGAUGAUCCUGCAUUCAAAUUCAGCUAUAUCUCAAAUGAAAAUGAGAGCUACUUUGUCUUUACUGUCCCUGCUAAUUAUAUUUCCUCGUGGAUUGAGAUGAAUUCAUCUGGGAAAAUCCACAUGUUUCUGGGGGACAAAUAUGGGGGAUGGACACUGUGGUAUGUACCUACUUGUGAUGAAAAUGAAAACUACGCUAGGUCCGGGGCCUGCAUAGACCAGACGCCAUCAAAUUGCAGCAGAAAUGAUGAAUUUCUGCAAACAAUUGGAGACAUGGAUAGGUGGGAUUUCCUCAAAAAUCACAGUUUGGGUCCAAAUGACUGCGAAGAGAUAUGUAGGAACAAUUGUUCCUGCAAAGCCUUUGCGUCUGCUAAAAGCGAUGGAACUGGCUGCAAAUUUUCAUCCGGAAUAAAGAAAGAUGAAAUCCAUAGCUGGCAGUCUUUCUACAUUCGUAAUAGCAGUUCAAUGGAGAAAAACAACACUGGUCCUGACAUAGAAAGAAAUACCACUACGGAAACACAAAGAGCAAGUAAUCCAAAGAAGAAUCAGAAGUGGGUAACCAUUGUUGGUCCACUGGUUUCCUUAAUUGUUCUUGCUAUAAUCUGCUCAUUGUGCUGUUCAAUGCUGAAGUACUGCUUCUAUUUUAGAGGUAAACAAGGAAGCCAAGGGAAGGAUGCAAACAUGGGUACAGAGGUAUUGAUACGUGAAUUGAGGACUAGUAUGGCAGCCAUUAAAGAACUCAGCGGCACACACAAGCUGAAGUCAAAUGGGAAGCAGGAUCAUGAAUUACCUUUAUUCAGCUUUUCUGCCAUAGAGAGUGCCACAGGCCGCUUCUCUGAUGCAAAUAAAUUAGGCCAGGGUGGUUUUGGGCCAGUCUACAAGGGUACACUGGCUGAUGGACAAGAGAUUGCAGUCAAAAGACUCUCCAGAAGAUCUGGACAAGGAGUAGAGGAAUUAAAAAAUGAAGCGAUGUUAAUUUCAAACCUUCAACAUAGGAAUCUUGUUAGAGUAUUGGGUUGUUGCAUUAAAGGAGAGGAGAAGAUAUUGGUCUAUGAGUAUUUGCCUAACAAAAGUUUGGAUUCAUUUCUUUUCGGUUCGUUAUAUCUUGCUAGCUACUUUCUCGUUUUACUUAUUUGUCUAGUAAUUUCUGCAUUUUACUGUGCUUAUUUGCUUAGUACACACUUUACAACAGAUGCAACAAAACGAGUUUUGCUUGACUGGAAAAAACGAAUGCACAUAAUAGAAGGGAUUGCUCAAGGGCUUCUAUACCUCCACAAAUACUCUAGACUAAGAAUUAUCCAUAGAGAUUUGAAAACCAGCAACAUCUUAUUAGACAGCAACAUGAAUCCAAAAAUCUCUGAUUUUGGGACAGCAAAAAUCUUUGGGGAGAAUGAAUCGGGAGCCAACACUAAUCGCAUUGUUGGGACCUAUGGCUAUAUGUCACCCGAGUAUGCCUUGAAGGGUCUCUUCUCUGAAAAAUCAGACGUCUUCAGUUUUGGAGUCAUGGUGCUAGAAAUCCUAAGCGGCAAGAAGAACAGUGGUUUUUAUCAGCCAAAUGAAUUUUCAAACCUACUAGAAUAUGCAUGGUACCUGUGGAAAGAAGGAAGAUACUUGGAGUUACUGGAUCAAGCAGUGGCAGAAACAUGUACAGCAACAAGCGAAUUUAGACGGUGUGUGGAAGUCGGUUUGUUUUGUGUGCAAGAAAGUGCAGAAGAUAGACCAACCAUGUCAGAUGUUGUGUCAAUGCUUGGAGGAGGUGGUGAUUCCGUAACUGUCUCAGGUCCUAAACAACCUGCUUUUUCUACGCUUGUAAAACAGAAUUCGGUAGAGAAUCCAGGAACAUGCUCUGUUAAUGAUGUAUCAUAUUCAACUCUACAGGCUCGAUAGCAUUCCAGCUUUGAUUAUUAAAUCAAACUAUGAAACUUUUGUAGCCCUCUUAUGAACCUUACAAGAGAUUAGAGAUAUAUCCCAUAUAAAGUAUACAAAUAAAAUAUCAAAUCAAAUGUCUCAAAAA